UACCGACCGCAGUUUGCUGAGUGGCGGUAGCCCUUCUGUGCAUGUGGGGAGAAAGGGGUUAAGCGUACAUUUGGAAAGACCCUGUCGGGGCAUAUAAAUCCGCUCUUACCCAAACAAUCCGGUGGCCUGCGCUAUCACUACACCGGCAGUAAUGCAGCCUUCUCCGUUGUCUCUACAACGGCACACAGAAACGCGUCGGUAACCGAGAGAUACGGCAGACCAGCGGAGUCUGCCGCCGGGGCCCCUUCUCCUUCCUCACCGCUGCCUCCUCCUGACCCGACAUGCGAGGAUGUACAGGAAGAUAAGGAGUAGCAAAGGUCGAGCGGUGAGCCGGAUCGAUGCUCCUGUGGGCGAUGAAGUAGACUCAGCAAGCAGCGUGUAGUUCGCAUGAACAGGCGGGACUGGGCUCGGCUUCUCGGUGGCUUCCAGAGGCUCUCAGGAUGAGGAAACCCAAAGUGAUCCGGAUGGUUUUUGCCUUGUGUCUGGGAUGUUUCAUCAUGGUCAUAUUCUACUUUAACAGCAGUCUGAAGCCAGCCUCAGAGACAGUGGGGGAACGCAGCGGUGGGCAGAAGUCGAGAAGGAGUCCUCUACAGACGCUGUAUGACGGCGAUCAGGUUGAGUCAGCAGUACAGGCGAUCCAUCAGGGAAGACGAGAGCUGUUAGAAGAAGCUUGUCGCUCCCACACCCGCAAACGCAGAGUCCUCAUCCCCGAGGACCUGAAGCACGUCAUCGUGGACGACCAGCACGGCUUGCUGUACUGCUAUGUCCCCAAAGUGGCUUGCACCAACUGGAAGCGGGUGCUCAUGGUUCUGACAGGCGUUGCUGGGUCCAACAGUGACCCCCUGGCAAUCCCUGCCAAUGAGGCCCACAUCCCAGGAAACCUCCGCACACUUUCCGAGUACUCCACGUCCCAGAUUAACCAGCGGCUGCGCUCAUACCUGAAGUUCGUCUUCGUACGCGAGCCCUUUGAGCGGCUGGUGUCCGCGUACCGCAACAAAUUCACACGGAGCUACAACACAGCCUUUCAUAAACGAUACGGCACAAAGAUAGUGAGGCGGCACAGGCCUGACCCACAGCCGGAAGCUCUGGAGAGAGGAAAUGACGUCUCUUUCGAAGAGUUUGUCUAUUACCUCGUGGAUCCGGCCACCCAGCGAGAAGAGCCCUUCAACGAGCACUGGGAGCGGGUGCACUCGCUGUGCCACCCCUGCCUCAUCCACUACGAUGUGGUGGGGAAAUACGAGACGCUGGAGCAGGACUCCCGCUACGUGCUGCAGCUGGCCGGGGUGGAGGACCAAGUUAGUUUCCCUGCCUCGUCCAAGAGCACCAGGACUACAGGAGACAUGGCUGCCCAGUUCUUCCACAGCAUCAGCCCUUUCUAUCAGAAGAAGCUAUACAAUCUGUAUCGGAUGGACUUCCUGCUUUUCAACUACUCAGUGCCAGCCUACCUCAAGUUUAGAUGAGGCUGGAUUUCACUCACCCACAGAAAGUAAACUGCAGAGCCUGGACACUUGUAGAAGAAGCUCCUCACAAACAUUGCAAGUACUGUUUUAACAGAAAGAAGAGCAGUCCGUAUCAGAGCUCCAAAGAAAAAUUCUUUUUUUUAGAGACAGAACAUUGGGAUGGAGAACUCUUGAAGGAACCACAAGAUCCAAGUUGUUGCCUAAAAAAAGGCAAAUUAUAUUGUACUGUAGAUGUUGAGCAAAUGGAUGUUGCUCAUUGCCUUUGAAUGUGUGAAACAGGGUUGGGCGAUAUGUUGAAAUUUCCCAACCAGUCCAUCGUCAGUCCAACAACUGCACUGCUGAUAUAUUUGGAUGUAAUCAUGAAAGAGCUAUUUGUGAUUCUUUUGGCUGUAAAAGUGUAAAAGAGGUCUAAUUCAUCAUCAUAGCUGAUCACCCUAACCCUACAUUUUUGAGAAGGGCAAAACUGGCUUUUUUUUUUUGGAGAAAAUUAAAUGGAUUUUGAUGUGUCAGUCAAAAUUAAUUUCGUUGUCCCCUGAUUGCCAAUUCUAGGGGGAACAAUUUAAUAAAAACAAAGCGCAUAUACUCAGAUUGCCUCGAUUUAGGUUUAGGUUAGUUUAGACGUCAGAUGGUUAAACUGGACGAACCAAAGGAUCUAAAUCAAGCAGUGAGAUAAAGUGUGGUCCAGGCUGUAGAAACAGCAGGGUAGCAUGCUUGCUAACUGAUUAGGGUCCCCAGCUGCACGUAUAGAUUUUGGUCUACUUCUUUAAUAUAAUUUAUUAAUAUAAACGUUUCUGUUCUGUAUCAAUCAAUCCAACAGCAGCCACUAAAAAAUGGCAAAAAAUGACUAGCCUGUUUCGGAAAAUACAGAAAUGAGUGCAUAAACUAUCAUUUCCUGUGUAUGUACAAUGUGAAUUGAGCUUUACAGUUUAGACUAAUCUGUACAUUAAUGAUUUCUGCAUAUGUGCACAAGAUUGUUGGAACCUGAAGCUUUCUGGUUUUCAGGUGAGCAGCAUGUGAUUACAUGCAGGAUGAGGAGAGUGGGGGGGAAAAAAGGGAACACAUUUACCGAAGUGCCAAACUCCAAACUAUUUGCUUUUGUUGGACAAUAAUUUUUAUCUGUUUGAAAAUAUUAGCCAGUCUUGUCCAAAGCCCCAGAGAACUCAUUGGAUAGUAGGUCAGUCCCAGUGUGUCCAAUCGCCCAACCCUAGCAUGAAAUAUUUUAGGCUUCAUUUUAUUCUGGUUGUGGUCUGCUGUUUUUGAAAAGUGUAUUUGCACGACAGAUGUUAUUGUUGCAAGUUCAGUAGCAUAAUGAUUAAAGUAUUAAAAUCAUGUUUAGACAGUGAAUGUCUCCCAACAUGUGUGCCUUUGCUCAUGGACCUUUUUUUUUUUUUUUUCCUGUUGUUGCCAGUUGACAAUGACAACUUUUGUAACUGUGACUCUUGUUUACUUUUUCGUACUGUAGGAGGAGAUUUUUGUGUAAUCUAUGAUAUUGUCUUUAUUUAUUGUGCUAUUUCUGAUUCCGCAAAGUCAGACCAACCAAAAUAGGUCAAGUUUCUCUCACAAUUUUCAAAUAAAGUGCAUCUCAGAAGGAAGUUGUUAAUUCCUUAAUACUGACAAGAAUUCUUGACACAAGAAUGUCGAAUGCAGCAGGCACAUUUUGCAUGUCAGU